AUGUUUGGUGAACCACGUCUCAUGCUAACGGAUCCGGUGGGACUCGACCAUGUUCUUCGCAAACGUGCGUAUGCAUUUCCGAAGAUACGUCUCGCCCAGCGCUUGAUUGGCGGCGUCAUGGGGAAUGGCUUGCUGGUGGCCGAGGGUGAGGUCCAUCGACGACAAAGGCGGGCGAUUCAGCCUGGUUUUCACUCACGCGCGAUCAAACGUCUGGCGCCUGUAUUCCAACAGCAUGCAUUUAAUCUGCUCGCCUAUCUGCGUACACAAACAAGAGAGCACGACAGCCAGUUGAUCGAUGUGUACACACCAUUGAGUGCCGCAGCUCUGGAUGCUCUGGGCGAUGGUGCUUUGGGUGCUUCAUUUGGGGCUCUUGCGUCUUUGAUCGUACAUCCAAGUGGUAUCGUACAUGCAGCACAUCCCCUGACAGCUGCGUUGGAUCGAACGCUGCGCAUUGCUUCACAUCCCAGUAAGUACGCAUUGCUCAUGGACACGGCGACACUGUACUUCCCGAUCCUCGAGCACAUCCCUAUUGGCUUGUCGUCGCACGCAUUUCGUCGGGAAGCACGUGUUCUAUUUGACCUCGCCGGUUCCAUUGUUGACGACGCGCAAGCUCGCAUUCGGUGUGAGACUCACGACACAAGUCCUGAUAUUUUGGCGUCGCUUCUGCGUGCGAAUGCAAACGCAAAGCGGGCACGGUCGGGCGAAAAGAAGCACAGCGUGCUGGACCAUGCAAUACUGACUGAUGCAGAGCUUCAUGCGCAGGUCUCGACGUUUAUUUUUGCUGGGCACGAGACAACGGCGACGCAAAUGGCAUGGCUCUUGCUCUUUCUCGCGAAGGAUCAGCGGCGACAGCAGACCUUGCGCGAAGCGAUUGGGGCAAAACGCGCUGCAUUGGGACUCAUGCCUCACGCACGUGCCGAGCCAACAGAGGCUUGUGAGCGAGCACUAAGUGCCGAAGAGCUUGAAGAUAUACCAUACUUGGACUGGUGUGUGCGUGAAUGUCUCCGGCUGCAGGCGGCGAUUCACACGACCUCCCGCGUCGCAACCGACACCGACUGGAUCCCACUGUCGAGCGGUCGAUCCAUUCAAGUGCACCGCGGUAUGAUUGUGCUAAUCCCACUUACAUCGAUCAUGACGUCAGAGCAUCACUGGGGUGCUGAUCCCGAAGAGUUUCGCCCCGAGCGUUGGGCUGAGCCUACGCUCAAAGGCCCAAGGGCGUUUCCCGCUCACAACGGGCUCUCGUUUCUCAUGGGCCCGCGCGCUUGCAUAGGUAGUGCAUUUGCGCUGCUGGAAAUGAAGGUGUUUAUUGCUACCGUACUGAGCGAGCUCUACUUUGAGUGGGAUGGUCGCCCCAUCGUACCAAAACUGUGGGUCGUUGCUCGGCCUUUUGACGCAUCUUGCCAGCAGGACGCGUGCAUUUUGAAAAUUCGACGUAUUUCCUCAUAG